GAAGAGACACCUCCCAGCUGAUCCCGUUAAUUUGCAGCCCUCCUGCCCUCCUCUCUCUCCUCCUCCAGGACUCGGCGUGUUGCCCCCUCCCGGUAGGUCGCUCUGCUCCUCUGGAUGUUCGGACACUUGCUGCGCUCCUCUCCAUGAUCAGGAGGGACCGCGGGAGCAGAACAAGUCCGGAGAAGGAGAAUCACUGGGAGGCACAUGGCUCGAUGACAUGAUGUUCCUACCCUUUUCCCCUCCCCCCUCCACCUUUCUCUUUCCUGUCUUCCUUCUGCUCCUCAUUCUCCUCCCUCUGUCCCUCUUCUCCUCCCCCCUUUCCCACCCCCCGUUGAGCUGGACUUCACCGCAUGACCCCUGCUACCAUCCAGAUGGCCGUCCACGACACUGCCUGUCAGAGUUCAUCAAUGCCGCCUAUGGGGUCCCGGUCAAUGCUAGCCACUCGCUACAAGGGCCUGACUAUGACAGCAACAUCACCACAUUAACUGACCUUCACAAUCCCCACAACCUCACCUGUUGGAUGACCCAUACAGGUCCUGACACCGGGGACUGGGUCCUUACGCUACCACUGGGUCGCCGCUUUGAGAUCACCUAUAUAAGUUUACAGUUCUGCCACCAAGGGGAGCCAUCAGACCCCAUCUCCAUCUCCGUCCUCAAGUCGAUGGACUACGGGCGUACCUGGAGGCCAAUGCAACACUACUCAAGCAACUGCCUCGAGAAUUUCAGGCUCCCCUCCCAGACCAUAGCCAAAACAAGACACCAAGAGACGGAGCCCCUCUGCUCAGACCCUCGGCCCCUGCAGAGGCAGCGGGGCGGCAUGGUGUUGGCUUUCUCUACACUGGACGGACGGCCAUCGUCUCCCGACUUUGACUACAGCCCCACCCUUCAGGACUGGGUGACGGCCACAGACAUUCGUGUGGUCUUCCACCAGGUGUCCAAAGAUAUCAAAGUGGGUAACUUGGAUAAGACGGAAGACGGAACACAUGAUCUCAGAGGGACUGGUGUUCUGAGGUGGAGAUCAGGCUACAAGGGCCGCAGUGGAGAUCAGGUUGAUAAGUUAAACACAGAUAAUACACUGGCAUUUUUUGACAGGGAGAUGAAAAAAUCAGAGAGGAGGGGGAGGAACAAAGGAGAGAAGAUAGAUAAACAGGGCAGGAAGGGUCACUAUAAAGGUACAGGACAAGGUGAAGAUGGGCACAAUGUGACCAGCAAGGAAGGAGGGGAUAGUUUAAGCACGGACACACUUGCUCCUCCAAAGAAAGGUGGAAAAGGCAGAGGGCGUGGUCGCAAGAAGGAAAACAGUCAUUGGCUGCCUUGCCCCAAUGGGGGCUGUAAUUGGUCGGUUGAGGGGCAGAGCAGGAGCAACAAAGGGCGGGAACUGAGGAAGAGAAGGAACAAUAAUCUCAACACAAGACAAAAUGUGAGGAAUCUGCAAGUGCUACAGCCACCUGCUUUCAUGUCUCCUGUCCGAGCUCCUCUGGCGCUGUCUGACCUGCAGGUUGGAGGCAGAUGUAAAUGCAACGGACACGCUUCCAAGUGUCGCCGUGACGACGCAGGCCAUGCAGUGUGCAUAUGUGAGCAUCACACAGCAGGGCCGGACUGUGACGUGUGUGAGGAUUUUUACUUUGACAGACCGUGGCAUCGAGCUACACCCACUCAUCCAAACCCCUGUGUCGCCUGUGAGUGUAACGGCCAUUCAAACAAGUGCCGCUUCAGCAUGGAGGUGUUUCAGCAGUCGGGCAGGCGCAGUGGAGGUGUGUGCCAGAAGUGUCGCCACCACACGGCCGGACGCCACUGCCAGUACUGCCAGAAUGGAUACACCCGCGACCACAGCAAGCCACUCAACCACCGCAAGGCCUGCCAACCGUGUCAGUGCCAUCCUCUGGGAGCAGUGGGUCGCUGGUGUAACCAGACGUCAGGUCAGUGUCUGUGCCGAGAUGGAGUGACUGGCCUCAGGUGUAACCGCUGUGCCCCAGGAUACAAACAGGGAAGGUCCCCUCUGAGACCCUGCAUACGAAUCCAAGAGGUCGCUCCGACGCCGGUCUACCAGCCUCAGUACAGCAUAGCGGAGGAGUGUGUUUCCUACUGCCAGCCCUCUCAGGUUAAAGUCAGGAUGAACUUGGAGACCUAUUGUCUCAAGGACUAUGUGCUGAAGGUGCAGGUCAAAGGGAUGGAGCGUUCAGGUCCCUGGUGGCAGUUCUCCAUCUCUGUACAAACUGUUUUCCGAAUAGGGUCUACCUCCCGCGUCCGGAGGGGCCCCCAGUCCCUCUGGGUCCCCGACCGUGACCUCGGCUGCGGCUGCCCCGCCCUCCACGUAGGCCGGACGUUCCUCCUGAUUGGAGCCGAGGAAGGAGAGCGGGGCUGGGGUCCGGAGGAGAGUCGCCUGGUGGCGGACCGCUCCACUCUGGCCCUCCAGUGGCGGGAACACUGGAGCCCCAAGCUCAGGGGCUUCCGGGGGCAGGACAAGAGAGGACGCUGCCCCCCGAAAUCCACAAACAACCGCCAGCACUCCAAGGAGCACAGAGGGCCUCAGUCUGGGUACAUCCCCCCUCACCUGCUGACUGAGAAAGACUCCGAGCCCCACGGUGGGAACACACACUCUGGGAAAGUGGACGAGACUCAGGCCUCAGUGGCGUCACACACACUCUCUCACACAGACAGACAAGUUAAAUCCACUGAGCCGACCCCUUCUGCCUUUUCUACACCUGCUCUGGUGUGUUCCACUCUAAACCCUGUGUAAAAACCACAAGAAGACAUAAAAAAAGAUUCGAAGACUUUUAUCUUUCAUCUGCAAAACGAGACAGGGAGUUUUUUUUUUUUUUUUUUUUUUGACUUCUCUGGAGGUUCCAAGAGAAACCAGAAUGAAAUUGUCUCCUGAGUCAAAAGAAACCUGAGAGAACUCAGAAAGCACACACACAUGUUUCCUCUUGUAACUAUUUGUGCUUUUUAGAAAAUGUAAAGCAGUAAAACUCACGGAUGAUGAAAAUAUUCCACCAAGACAAAUGGCUGUUUGAAAUAUUAUCAGAAUUUUAACAUUUUCUACUCAAGAGCUUUUUGAAAAUUAAAGCCUGAAUUAACUCUCAAAUGUCAUCCAGUAUUAUACUCAUGGAGAUUGUUUUUUUUUUUUUUUCACAAUAUCAAGUUGUCACUACAACUAUUGUGGACUCAAAAAUUAAUAGUAAUAAUAUUAUUGUGAUAUCUGUCCUAAAAACUGAAAUAUAAAUAAUAAUAUCGAUAUCAGGCAAAUUCAUUUUAAAAUUUGUUUAUGUGUGUUUUGUCACUAUUUUGCCAAAGAAAAAUGUUUUAAGUGUUAUGAAAGAGAGUUUAUAGCCAGAAUUACACUGUAUGCUAUUUAUGUUGGUCCAUCCACCUGAUACAGUAGUUACUAAAGCUGGGUUAUUUACAUUUUUAUCAUCCGUGUAUUAUUUAAAUGAGGUCAAUAUUUCCUUUAGUAAAUAUCACCAUUAUCAUGAGUACAUACUCUACUGUUCAAAAGUUUGGGGUCACUUAGAAAUAUCCUUAUUUUUGAAAGAAAAGUAGAAGAUAACAAUAAAUGAAUCAGAAAUACAGUCUAGACAUUGUUAAUGUGGUAAAUGACUAUUCUAGCUGGAAACAGCUGAUUUUUAAUGGAAUAUCUCCAUAGGGGUACAGAGGAACAUUUCCAGCAACCAUCACUCCUGUGUUCUAAUGCUACAUUGUGUUAGCUAAUGGUGUUGAAAGGCUCAUUGAUGAUUAGAAAACCCUUGUGCAGUUAUGUUAGCACAUUAAUAAAAGUGAGUUUUCAUGGAAAACAUGAAAAUACCUGGGUGACCCCAAACUUUUGAACAGUAGUGUACAUAUUGGGAAACUCCUACUUGAGUCUUUCAUUUAACCAGCAGUAUUUGUAGAUUUACUAGAAUAAUUAUAAUUACAAAAAAUGACCUCUAUUUAUGUGCACAAAAUAUUUGAUCAAAUUCAACUUACUAUUAAUGUUUUCCUGUAAAUUAGUCCAAAGCAAUAUCAACUUUUGUAUUUUGAGUUUAUAUUAAAAUUGAAUACAAUGAAAUUAAUUUUCUUCCUUAGAAUUUGCUAAAUUUAAAUGUUUAUCUCACAUACAUUUUCUAUGACUUCAUAUAUGGCUAAAAUGCCAUUUUCUUUUACACCAAAUUUCCUCAAUUAAAACUGUGAAUUGUUAUUACACCUACAACAAUGUUUUAAUAGAAUUUGAGUUGCUUUUUCUCUGCUUUUUCAGUGGUUGGGGGAAAAAAAGAAUACAGACUCCUCUUCCCUCAUACCUUGCAGUCACACAGUACAAUAUUUUGGGAAAUUGACUUUAUCUACAAUCUGUUCCCUCGCUGGAGCAGCUGACACACAGACCAAACUAACCCCGGCUUGAUUUUCUAACCGUGUAGGAAUCCUCAGACAGGUCGUUAGGAGCCCAGAUAUGGAUCUUAAAAGCAUCGGUCCAACCUGUCGUCAUGACUUCUGUUUCCAUUUGGGAGAUAUAGCGUCAUGGCUCAGGGGAAAUGAUGAUGAUGUGUGUGCGUGUGUGAGUAUUAAGACAGAUGGAAAAGCUCCUAUUUGUUGAGCAGGCAUGUUGUUUUGGUAGCUCCUGUGUCAGUGAUUGGCUGUGCUGCUCAGUUGAAGCCUCUGAUUGAAAAUAAAAGGAGAAAAAUAGACUCGCUGAGUGACGACCUCGCAGUCGAACUGGACAUACGGUACACCGAGGGGGGCUGGAGUGUGCCUUGGAGCGUCUUUCUCUACUCUUAUGAGGUCCUAACGUCCGAACAACCACCUGGCGGCUUAUCCAGGCCCCCAAACAACCACAUCACAAAGUCCUGUGUGUAAUUACAUCAUGCAAUAAAUUAUCCAGAUGAGAAAUAAAUUUAGUCAGUAAAGAGAAUCCUUUUAAAAGUUACUUGUAUCUUCUUGAAGUUUAAGAGUUUGGGGUCACUUAGAAAUGUCCUUAUUUUUGAAAGAAAAGCAGAAAAUAACAUUAAAUGAAUCAGAAAUACAGUCUAGACAUUGUUAAUGUGGUAAAUGACUAUUCUAGCUGGAAAUGACUGAUUUUUUUAAUGGAAUAUCUACAUAGGGGUACAGAGGAACAUUUCCAGCAACCAUCACUCCUGUGUUCUAAUGCUACAUUGUGUUAGCUAAUGGUGUUGAAAGGCUAAGUGAUGAUUAGAAAACCCUUGUGCAAUUAUGUUAGCACAUGAAUAAAAGUGUGAGUUUUCAUGGAAAACAUGAAAUUGUCUGUAAUCUGUAAAUAUCUCUGGUAAAUAGGCCUACAGGUUUUCAUUUUCAUCUAAUUUUAAAGAUACUGUGUGUGUAUUUUUUAUUGUCAUUUUUCUAAUUUUUCCUGUGUGUUUUUGUUCAUAGAGAAAUGUUUGCAAUCUGUGUGUUGCUAAAUUGGCUGAUUCAUGUCAAGGUCCCCUGGUCAGAUCUGUGAUGCUAGCUGGUGAUAAAGAUAUUAUCCCUAUUUUUCUCCACUAAGUAAUUUGAAAAUAAAAAAUAUAAAUUUUGUUUCAA